AUGACUGACGCUAAACCCACAAUCUUGGUGUUCUGCUACGGAGAACUAGAAGACAGCCUUAAGAAGAUCAAGGAGAAGGCUAAUGUCUACCAAGCCUCCUACUCAAAGCAUAAUGCCCCGGCGAAGCUUCUAAGUGAGCAUCCAUCAGCUCGGGCCAUUUGGAUCGUUGACCCUGAUAUUGCAACCCCAAAGUAUAAAGACCUGUCCAGAAAAGUUGUCGACUAUGCCCGAAAUGGAGGGAUCGUUAUCCUGGGUGGUUUCUUCUCGUCGGUUAUUCGGCCUCCCGUCUUUGAUAAGUGGAUGAAAGACGUAUGGGACUUGCCUUGGCGAUAUGGCCAGUACGAGACAACUACAGUUGUCUUCCAGAGCUCUGCUGUUGGCCCUCGGAACUUCUGGCGGGACGGUCUAGCAGCUGCGUAUACUCAGAAAGGAGUUUUCCUCGAAAAUGUCCCUCCUGCUGAUUCGUGGUAUGCUUCCCCACCGGGAUCGACAAGCGAGUCUCGCAUUUUUGGUCCUGUUCCUAUCCAGGCCCAAACAUCUAUCGCAUUUGGCAGAGUUGGUAAGGGUUGGUUAGGAUGGACAGGCGAUAUUCAUAACCGAGAGGAGACAUCCGCCGCUGUGCGAGCAAUGAUGGGACUGAAUAUGAGAGAAGAGGAAGACCACCUACAUCUCCCUGGACUUUUAUACCAAAUGGUUUUGGAAGGAUAG